AUGCAGACAAAGUUUCUGGACAUACAUUCUCAUGGUGGAAUAACCAAGACUGCUCCAUCUUUGCUGCAAAUCUUCUUGUUCUUUGAAUUUCUGAAGACAGUUGCCACUCUCCAGUGUGAAGUAUGUUCUGGCCUUGGCACCAACUGUACAGGCAGGCUGAAGACCUGUGAGCCUGAACAAGAAACCUGUGCUGUCAUUUUAAUUCGUAACUCCCUAGGGGAAAGAGUGGUAGAUACAGUGGCCAAGGGCUGUGAAUCCAAUGUGAUCUGUGAUUUUCCAACAACCCAUCUGAAUAUGGGGAUCGGGAAGAUCCUUCAAGGAAAUGUGUGCAAAGUGGUAUAUAAGUCUAAGUGCUGUUGCUAUUGCUAUCUGGGAAUCUUCUCACCCUUCCCACUUCUGUUUUCAGUACCAUCAGUAGCGACUAAUGCCAACGGACGGAGAUGUCCCGCCUGCUAUUCUGAGAGAGGCACUUGUGAGAAAAAAUUGACGAAUUGUACCGGAAACGAACAGUACUGCUUCCACCUGUUUAUGCGUUCCUACGGAGGUGAGUUCAGCUUCCCGUGCCGAGGUGGCUGGGAGAUUCCUUUGAUGACUGGUGACAAGCAUGGGAAAUCAGGAUUCCAGGCAGGUCAAAUGAAUAUAUUGGCUUAUUGCAAGUUCUCUAGGAGUGGUGUGGUGACCGAGAGGUGGAGCUCUGACCUCAAAAACAGGAGGCUAUGAGUUCAAUCCUAGGUAGAGACAAAUAUUUCUCUCUCUGGGCACAAUGAGAAUAUAUCUGCUAA